CAGAGAGCAAGAGAGUGACAGAGAUGGAGAGAGGAUGAAAAAAAAUAGAGGAGAGAGUUUAAGGAAUGGAAAGGAACCAAAUCUGUUCUCUUUCAGAGAUUAUAGAACAGAUAAAUAGAUUAAGAAAGAGAGCACUAAAUAUGGCAUUGGCUGUGCCUGCCCUUCGCUUUACGUUCGUUGUUCACUUUCUCGGUGUCGCUCUUAUUGUUUUGGUCUUGGUUUGGAACUUACACUUCAGAGGUGGCUUGGCUUGGGAGUCCUCCAACAAGAGCCUCAUCUUCAACAUUCAUCUGGUUCUUAUGAUAAUUGGUUUAAUUGUUAUAGGAGGUGAAGCUAUUAUAAGUUACAAAUCUCUUGCAUUGAAGAAAGAGCUGGAGAAGCUGAUACAUCUUGUUCUGCACGCCAUCACAAUAGCACUUGCAAUCAUUGGAAUCUAUUGCGCCUUCAAGUACCAUAAUGAAAGUAGGAUUGCCAAUCUGUACAGCUUGCAUUCCUGGCUUGGAAUUGUUGUCAUUGCCCUUUACUGCAUUCAGCUCGAGAUAACGAACAAGGAGCAAGGACAGAGGAUGCUGAACGAUUGAAGAUUCGGAGGGAGAAGCAACAACUGAUUUAGCACUCGAAGAAGUUAGGUUACACAUAAAACAGGGUGAAGAUGAACGGUGAUGAAGCGGAGAGUAAUGGCUUAGUUUCAAAUGGGUAACGAUUUCUCUUUGUUCAUUUUUCAAAGCUUAAUCCAUGUAAUUAAUAGAGUGACUAGGGAAUUUUAAAAUUUGUAUUGAUUACAUGAUUAAUUUGU